AUGAUUGAAAUUCAGACAGGCGAAGAUCCUCAGAAUGUCGAAGGAAUAAUAAAACCUGAAAUCCUGAGACUUGAACACUUAUAUCAAAGUAAAUGGGCGAAGGAAUUUCUCGAAUCAAUCGGUGCAGAAGAUAAGAAGCUGGUGAAUUUUUUUAUUGAUGAAUACAGAAAGGCACUGGAAGAAGAUACCUCUUUUAAUUACAAAGUUCUUGCUAGUAAAGAAUUAUACAAUCUAACGAAAACGCAUAUUUCAAAGAAAUGGGAAAAUCGAAAAACUCUCGAUAUUGCAGAAGGCAAAUUUUUUGUGGGGACAUCAAGCAAUUUGAAGAAAGACGAAGUUCAAAUUGAAAUGAUAAAGAAGGAAUUUAUGGAAGCAAAGGAAGCAGUGAAAACAUCCAAAGCUAAACUUAAAUGGCUAGAAAUGGAAAGUCAUGCAUACACAAAUUUUUUAAAUUAUUUCCGACCUGCGAACAAAAGAAGAUCUACAAGUGAUUCAUUGCAUGCUGCUAAAAUUACGGAGGUGUAUCAGAAGGCUCGUAUUAAUUUUGCCAUCGGCACAAAGGAACUAGGUGAGAAAAUAAAACUAUUGGAAAUGAAGAGGAUUGAAUUUUUGAAGUGUAAGUUGAAAUAUUGA